AUGGCGAGCGCCCGUCUAGUCCGCUUAGGCACUUCGCGGUCACAUCUCAGCGUUUUGUCAGUUACAAGGACAUCUAUCAUUGGUAUACAAUGCAGAAGACACGCUACGCAUGCGUUUGAGGCUUCAUCCGACCAGUCGACCUCGUCUGUGCCACGAAAACAUUGGACAAAGGCGGAGAUUAAGGAAAUCUACGACUCUCCUCUUCUUGACCUCGUCUUCCGGGCCGCUGCGUCCCAUCGGGUCCACUUUGAUCCCUCCAAAGUACAGCUCUGCACGCUGAUGAACAUCAAAACCGGUGGAUGUUCUGAAGAUUGCUCGUAUUGUUCACAGUCAUCUCGAUACGAGACAAGCACAAAAGCGUCGCGAUUGUUGAGCGUUGAGCCCGUUCUCGAGGCUGCUCGCAAAGCCAAAGAAAAGUAG